GUUCCAAGGUCGUCCAAGAAGCUGUUUGAAGAUAAUGAAUAUGCUCUCUACACUGUAACGCUAUUCCGUCGUGUGGCAGACAAUUUCAGAACAACUUCUCUGGAGAAGGGGUUCCAAAUUCGUGACUUUGAAUAUAGCUCCGAAGCACAGGAAGGUAGGAAGCAAGAGAUGGACAAACUAGUUCAAGAUCAAGAAAGUUUGAGAGGCUCUCUUUUGCAAUGGUGUUACACUAGCUAUGGGGAGGUUUUCAGCUCAUGGAUGCACUUCUGUGCUGUGCGUAUAUUUGCAGAAAGCAUUUUG